AUGUCUGCCAUUCUGGUUGCAAAUGUGUGGUUCAGCAGUAGCAGCAUUGAUAUAGAUGGAAGGCUCUUGACAGUAAACAAAGCUGCUCCAAGAGGAUCACGUACAGAGCGCCCGCCUAGGGUGUUUGAACCUGCUUAUCGAGUCUAUGUUGGUAACUUGCCAUGGGAUGUGGAUAAUGCACGCCUUGAGCAGGUUUUCAGUGAACAUGGAAAGGUGGUAAAUGCUCGUGUUCUUUAUGACAGGGAGACUGGUCGAUCUAGAGGUUUUGGCUUUGUGACAAUGUCGAACGAAGCUGAAUUAAAUGAUGCCAUUGCGAACCUUGAUGGACAGAGUUUGGGUGGCAGGGCCAUCAGAGUAAAUGUUGCUGAGGAAAGGCCCAGGCGCGGUUCAUUUUGA